AUGUCAAACAUUCCACAUCGUGCCUUGGGUUAUACACCUGUAGAUCGAGGAGUCUACGAUCCACAAAUAGAUCGGUCAAUACCCGGUAAUGGUGGUGGUGGUGGUGGUCCUCCUCCUCCGGUUCCUCCUCCACAUCGUCCCCAACAACAACAACAACAACAACAAGGAUUACCUCAUGCACCUCAUUAUCGACAGCCACCUCCACAACAACGAGGCCAACCUAUGCCACAUGGUCCUGGUAGGCCUAUGAUGAGACCCGGUGCUACUGGACCCACACCUCCUCCUGUUCAAUAUCGACAAGCAAGCGUAAGUCGUGCUCGAUCCUUGACACGUCCAGAACGUCAACGUCCUCGUCAAGGGAUGAUUCGAUCUCCAUCACAACAACGUCAAAUGCAACAACAACAACAGCAACAACAACAUGCAGGUGGCAUGGUGAUGGCAGGUCAUCCUUCUCAACAUCACCAUCAACAACAACGCAUGAGUCAGGCGCAUCAUCUUCAACAACAGAGAAUUCGACAGCAACAAGCAGCUGGUCUCAGUGCUCCUCUUCCACCUCCUGUACCUGAAAAAGAUGACCUUGAGGAUGAUCCGGCAGUGAAGCCCAAAGUGUUGACGAGUUGGUGGUCUUGGGUAGCGUUUUUGGCGACCUGUUGUAUCCCAUCAUGUUGUAUCCGUAUCGUCUUUCGGAAACCAAAUGCGUUGAUGCAGCAAGCUUGGAGAGAAAAGCUCACCCUUGUGUAUAUCAUUUUACUUCUUUGUGGUGCACUUGCCUACGUCACUUAUGGUUUACAAGAAACCUUGUGUCCUGAUUCCAUUCAAAACUUUCCUUAUUCAACCAUUGUGGACGGUGAACGGAGACCUUUUUAUCGUGAGAAUCCUCGUGUUUAUGGCACCAUUUACGACAUGGACACCCUCAAGGAAUUCUUUGCUUCCAAAGGCUUGAACCUUACCAACGAUUAUGAAAACAUGGAGAUUGGCAGCAUCUUUGAUGGUGAUACAAAGGGUAGCUGCUCCGGCUUUGAUCAAGGAAGUACAACCACCUUGGGUGAUUGCAAAUUGGAUAGUCCUUAUGGUGGAUCAAUCACAACCAGUGAUGGUAAAUGCUUAUCGCUUGCUGAACUCCAAUCGUAUACUUCACCUGUUGGAUCGGUGGCCUUUGAAUGGAUUGAUCUCAGACCCAAAGGUGACGAUGAUCUCGGCGAUACGGAUCUUGUCGUAUUGGGUGAUUCGGUCCUCAAUUUGACAAAAUAUAUCAAUGCUAAUACCCCCUUCUUUGGUGAUACUGUGGAUACUGCUUUGCGAAACAAUGGGGGCAAUGAUGCGUCGUAUGCUAUCUUAUACAGUGCUGGAAAAUCAACACGCGAUUGUCUGCUUGCACGUUAUCGUGCCGGAUCCAUGGAGACUGAAACGGGAGGAUGUAUUGCACGCACCAUUGUCAUGAACAUUAUGUUUGCUGUCAUUAUCACCAUCAUUGUUGUCCGCUACUCAAUGGCUUUGCUUUUCCAAUGGAUCAUUGCCAAACGUUUGGUAAAACCAGGUGGACGUUCGAAUUGGCUUGCUUGGCGUUCCAUCAAGGGAGGAAACGAUGACCCUGCCAACCACAUCCCAGGCCCAUACAACAACUAUGGACCCAUGCGUGUCGCAGGCACCAAUUCAUCAGCAGCUUCUCUCAGCUCAACAUCAUCAAGAACAAAUUCAUCCACCAAUGCUUCAGUCACUGGCCUUGGCGGUAAUCGUACCGAUAUUGUAUCCACCGAAUUAUACUCCAUCAUGCUUGUCACUUGCUAUUCCGAAGGCGAGGAUGGUCUUCGUACAACCAUGGACAGCUUGGCAGAAACGACAUACUCCAAAAAGCACAAGUGCUUCUUUGUGAUUGCUGAUGGUAUGAUUACGGGUGCUGGAGAGACCAAGUCUACCCCUGAUAUCGUUGUCGGUAUGAUGGAUCUUGAUCCCACCAUGUCCAAUCCAAAGCCAUGCUCGUACCUUGCUAUUGCCGAUGGUGAAAAACAACUCAACAUGGCAAAAGUGUAUGCCGGCCAUUACAAGGGCGUUCCCUGUAUCACCGUUGUAAAGUGUGGCACUGAAGAGGAGCAACAAGGUGCAAAGGCUGGUAACCGUGGUAAACGUGAUUCCCAGUUGAUUUUGAUGUCCUUCUUCCAACGCGUGUUAUUCAAUGAUCGUCUUUCCGAGCUUGACUAUGAACUCUUUUGGAAGAUGACCUGGUUAAUGAAAGGUGUAACCCCAGACAAGUUUGAACUUGUACUCAUGGUGGAUGCGGAUACCAAGGUUUUGCCUGAUGCAUUGACAUACAUGGUGGCUGCCAUGGCCAAUGAUAUCACUAUCAUGGGCUUGUGUGGAGAGACACGUAUUGCCAAUAAGCGAGCAUCCUGGGUUACCGCCAUUCAAGUAUUCGAGUACUACAUUUCUCAUCAUUACGCCAAAGCAUUUGAGUCGUUAUUUGGCAUUGUCACUUGUUUACCUGGCUGCUUCAGUAUGUUCCGUAUCAAAGCUCCCAAGAAUGGUGCAUGGGUUCCUUUAUUGGCAAAUCCCGACAUUAUCCUCGAAUACAACCAAAAUGUGGUAACCACGUUACACGAGAAGAACCUCUUGUUGCUUGGUGAAGAUCGUUUCCUAUCAACGCUCAUGCUACGUACGUUUCCCAAACGACAAAUGAUGUUUGUUCCUCAAGCACGCUGUCGAACGAUUGUCCCGGAUGAAUUCAAAGUGUUAUUAUCACAACGUCGUCGAUGGAUCAACUCUACUGUACACAACCUAAUGGAGCUUGUACUUGUAUCCGAUCUUUGCGGCAUUGCAUGCUUGUCAAUGCAAUUUUCGGUCUUUGUCGAUUUGAUUGCAGCUCUCGUCUUGCCUGCUGCUAUUGUCAUGACGAUUUAUCUUAUCAUCAGCUCGGCUGUAUCCGGUGAUCCACAAUGGCAAUCGCUUGGUUUGCUUAUUUGUAUCUUGUUCUUGCCCGGUAUUCUUAUCGGUAUCACCACUUUCAAGUUGAUUUACAUUUGUUGGAUGUUGAUUUAUAUUAUUGCUUUACCCAUUUGGAAUUUUGUCUUGCCGCUCUACUCAUUCUGGCACUUUGAUGACUUUUCAUGGGGUGCAACACGUAUGGUUGCUGGAGAAAAGAAGGACAAGGGCCAUGGCGAUGCAGAAGGCAAAUUUGAUUCGUCUCGACUUGUGAUGAAAAAGUGGGAAGAUUGGGAAGCUGAACGAACCGGUCAACGUGUCAACAAGAAUCGAAUGACGCUUAGAACGCCUAUGGAUGCUACGCCUCUUGCAUUUGACGGUAGUCGCCCAUCAUCAGUAACACCAUCAUUGACACCUCCUGCCUUUGGAAACAUGUUUAAUGACCGUAAAAUGUAUGGAUCUUCGACACCCUCCCUCUCAACACCUUCAGCUCCAUCAACACGACCAUCCACACCAACUCCUCCAUUACCACCGUCUCAUCAACAACAACAACAGCAACAACCUCGUUGA